ACCGAAUUACCGCUUGACCCACGGCUAUCAAGAUACAACUUUACCAUCAAGAUUCGAGAUAAUAAUUAUAUAUCAUAUUAUCAUAAUGAAUAUGUGUCAUCCAGUUCUUGUGUAGACAGUGUCUAUGAAAAGUCUAUAUUGUGUAUUCUUUCGUGAUUAGUGAUUACUCAUUACUCGUCAGUGGUUUACAAUAAUUAAUAAUAAUAAUUGUCAAAAUUCAAGAACAUUAACUGAAAACAUUACAUGCAUAGCAAAGAAAUAUAUUUUUAAAAUUUUUAUUGCUUACACACAAUGUCAUUCCACAUUGUUUAAGUUUUUUAAAUUCGAUACGAAAUAUUUAUAUCGUUUAGAUAAGAUGGCACAAAUUCCCGAAUGUCCGGAAAGUCUUAAGAAGAUUCAACAUCAUUUAAAAAUCGCUUUAGAACACGAUUCUAAAGAUCCAGUUAUCAGUUAUUGGUGUCGGCUAUAUGCCCUGCAAGCUGCAUUGACCUUAGACAAAUCAUCGAAAGAUGCGAAAAUGUUUUUAGUGUCUCUAAUGGACUGGUUGGAAAAACAAAAAAAUAAUUUAAAAGAUAAUGACAUGAUCACAAAUGAGACUGCUGCACAAGCACACAUAGAAAAUUAUGCAAUAAAAUUGUUUAAUUUUGCAGAUGGAAUGGAUCGUCAGGCAAAUUAUAAUAAGAAUAUAGUUAAAUUGUUUUUCACUGCUGGACUACUCAUGGACGUUUUAAGUGUAUUUGGGGAUGUUUCCGAAGAGAUCACAAAUACUCAAAAAUAUGCAAAAUGGAAGGCUACAUACAUACAUAAUUGCAUGAAAAAUGGCGAGACUCCUACACCUGGACCACCAAAUACAGAAAGUGGACAAAUUGGUUUCAACUUUCCAAAUCAAGGAGAAGACAUUCAACAACCUACAGAUAAUUUUGUUCCUCUAACUCCUACUAAACAUACAUAUGAAGAUUAUCCUGCAUCAAAUCCUAAUGAGUAUCAGCAAAUACCCAACAUGUCUACAAUCAGUCCAACAGAAAUACAGCCAACUAUAUCAGGAAGACCAAUCUUACUCAGAGAUGGAAUACAACUGUCACCGUCACAAAUCACUAAAGCACAGAAAUAUUGCAAGUUUGCUGCUAGUGCAUUAACCUACGAUGAUGUUUCUGAGUCCAUUGCAAAUUUACAAAAAGCACUGAAGUUACUAACAACUGGUGAAGAUUCAUAG